GUGAUUCCACGCGUGAACACCGCGGAGCGUGGGGCCGCUGCCGGCUCUCCCGCAGGCGGCCGGAGCAGCCGAGUCCGCCCGGCGAGCCAGAGCCACUCGUCAUCGCCGCUGGACGGUUGUGGAGGCGCAGGCUGCGAUGGUUCCGAAGCGGCCGUGUGUAUGAGAGAGCUUCACUCGGCCGGUUGUGGUGGAGUGUUUUUAGAAAGGCGUGUGGCUCAACCUGAGCUGCGCUUCUGGCCAGCAGGAAGUUCUUCGCUGCCUGGUAGUCAAUGUGACGCGGGACGACGACAGCAGCGGCAAUAGCAGCACGUCCGGCUUCGGAAUGGCUCUGGACCGGGGCAAGUACGACUUUUACAUCGGCCUGGCUCUGGCCAUCAGCUCCAGCGUCUUCAUCGGAGGCAGCUUCAUCCUCAAGAAGAAAGGCCUGCUGCGUCUGGCCAGGAAGGGGUCCAUGCGAGCGGGUCAGGGCGGUCAUGCGUAUCUCAAGGAGUGGCUUUGGUGGGCAGGUUUACUUUCAAUGGGUGCAGGUGAGGCCGCCAACUUUGCGGCGUACGCCUUCGCCCCCGCCACUCUGGUCACGCCCCUGGGCGCCCUCAGCGUGCUGGUCAGCGCGGUGCUGUCGUCGUACUUCCUGAGCGAGCGCUUGAACCUUCACGGUAAGCUGGGCUGCCUGCUCAGCGUGCUGGGCUCCACCAGCAUGGUCAUCCACGCCCCCAAAGAGGAGGAGAUCAGCAGCCUGGAGGACAUGGCGCGAAAGCUGGUCGACCCAGGCUUCUUCGUCUUCGCCGCGGCGGUGGUGACGGUGGUGCUGGUGUUGAUCUUGGCGGUGGCCCCCCGCCGCGGCCAGACCAACAUCCUGGUGUACAUCAGCAUCUGCUCACUCAUCGGCUCCCUGUCCGUGUCGUGCGUCAAGGGCCUGGGCAUCGCCAUCAAGGAGGCGGUGGGCGGCGUCAACGUGGCGCGUACCCCCCUGCCCUGGCUCCUCCUGCUGGGCCUGGUGGCCUGCGUGGGGACCCAGAUCAACUUCCUCAACAAGGCUCUGGACAUCUUCAACACGUCCCUGGUGACGCCCAUCUACUAUGUGUUUUUCACCACCUCGGUGCUCACCUGCUCCGCCGUCCUCUUCAAGGAGUGGCGGCACAUGGGCGCGGCCGACGUCAUCGGCACGCUGGCCGGCUUCCUCACCAUUGUGGCGGGCAUCUUCUUGCUGCACGCCUUCAAGGACGUCAACGUCAGUUUGGCCGCGCUCGCCGCCACCGCCGUGCGCAAGGACCAGAGGAACGCCAACGGCACAUACCAACUCCUCUGCAGCGACGAGCACGGCGCCAACGAGGAGCGCGACACGCCGUUCGACGCAGUCUCCAGGCGCAACGGAAGCCUGGCGUCGUAAGGACUCCAAAUGGAGACAAUCAGGACCAAUGGAUUGUACUUGUUUUCCUUUGCCUUACUUCCAUUUUCCCCCCCCCCUUCUCACUUUUCCAUUCAGUCGUAGCACUGGGAAAAAAGGUUGUGUUGGGAAUCACUUGCUAUCAUGGGCCACAUACGGUACCAGCCAUCGAUGAUGGUUAAAGCAAAAAAAAAAAAGUCCUCCUAAACUUAGAAUUGGCCUAUUAUUGGGCAUUCACAAUUGCCCCUGCAUUUAUACUGCCCUGGGAAAAACAAUUUCGAUCACUGCAAAAUGAUCAGUUUCUUGGGUUUCGCUGGUUUUGAGUCAAAUGAACAUUUUAGUUUUACUCCAUGAAAUCGACAGCAUGACUCCCAAAUACAGUGGUGCCUUGAGAUAAGUGAUUCAUUCUGUCACCGCGUUUGUAUUGCGAAUCAACUUUCCUGAUCGAAAUGAAUGAAAUUGCAAUUCAUCGGUUCCAGUGCCCCAAUAAAAUGCUAACAAAUACUUUCAUUUAAAGUAGCACUAUAUUGCACUUUAUAAAAACAUACUAAUAGUUAAUAGUAUAGUCAUGAGUGUUAUUGUCCAUCUCGAUGUGUUGCGCCACUGUUCAAAUAUGCGUUGCUUAAAGGGUUUGGUGUUUUGUGAAGCUUGCGGACACUGGUAAGACAAAAGUUGUUUGCUUAAAUACACUUAGUUUUACAGUAAACCACAUGGGAAUAAAGAGCUGCAAGGAA